UUAUAAUAUGGAUUCAAUUUCUCAACAGAAUCCACUACCUGCAUCUAUCCUUUGUAUUAUUGCAACAGAGUUUUGUGAAAGAUUUUCGUUUUGUGGAUUACGCACCAUUCUAUCUUUGUACCUUAGAAACGAACUUCAUCUCUCUGAAAAUAGCUCCACAAUGGUGUAUCACAUUUUUAUAAUGAUAUGCUAUAUUUUACCUAUUGUAGGUGCAAUAUGUGCUGAUAGUUUUUUAGGUAGAUACAGGACAAUUUUUUAUUUUUCUAUAGUUUAUUUAAUUGGAAACAUCAUAAUGGUUAUUACAGCCAUACCUAUAUUCGAUUUAAACCCAAUUACAAUGACUGUACUUGGUUUAGCAUUAAUAUCAAUUGGGACCGGUGGUGCAAAACCAUGUUUGGCAGCUUUCGGUGGUGAUCAGUUUUACUUGCCCAUGCAAAAAAUCCAAUUACAACAAUUCUUCUCCAUAUUCUACUUCAGCAUUAAUUUGGGUGGAUUCGUCGGAAUGAUUAUCACACCAAUAAUGAGAAAGGCAAUCACGUGUUUUGGGGAUGACACCUGUUAUGCUUUAGGUUUUGGAUUUCCUGCAGUCCUAAUUUUUCUAUCGUUGUUAAUUUUCGUAAUGGGUAAACAAUGGUACAGGUUGAAAACACCAAAAGGAAAUGUUGUCUUAGAAUUCGCUCAUUGCACAUCGUACGCUAUAGUAAAAAACAUCAAGAAGCCGAAAAUAACAACGGGUAACCACUGGUUGGACAGCGCAAAAGACCGUUUCGGUGGUAAGCUCAUCUACGACAUGAAAAUCGUCUUUGCGGUUUUGUUCCUGUAUACUCCGUUACCGUUGUUUUGGUCGUUGUUCGAUCAACAAGGAUCCCGGUGGACUUUCCAAGCAUCAAAAAUGAGAGAUACGUUUUUAGGUUUACAAAUAUUACCAGAUCAAAUGCAAGUAGUAAAUCCAGCAUUCGUAUUAAUUUUUAUUCCAUUGUUCGAUCGGAUUUUGUAUCCAUACCUAGAAAAAAUGCGUUUCUUGGAAAAUCCAUUACAUCGUAUGGCAGUUGGUGGAUUAAUAGCUGGAGUUGCAUUUUUAUCAGCCGGUCUCUUAGAAUUAUUUUUACAACAAGAUUCACCUUACCAACCAGGACGACACACUUCUGCCAUAAAUUUUAUAAAUACUUUACCCUGCGAUAUAACCAUGGACAAUCCAUUUGGACCACCUGUACAAUUAAACGCUUCGGAUAGAUAUGUGUUCGUUAAUAUUCCGGCUGAGGAUAAAACGGAAUAUAACGUGACUAUAGAAACGGAUAAUUCGCAAUGCGGUGAUAUUCAUUUUAUGAAACCGAAGUACGUGGUUAAAGUAGUUGCCGUUGAAUAUCAAACCGAUACGAUUUUGAUUGGUACUAAUGGCCGAGAUGAAAUUGCCGAUUAUAUUACGGAUCCAAUUGAUUUUAUGAUGUCAAUGAGUGAAAGACCUAAAAUACGAAUUGCGUUUAUAAGAACAUCUCCUUUUUUAUAUAACAUUACUGUUAUUUUACGAGGAACCAACGGUUUGGUUGAUACUUACUAUUUAGGCGAAGAACCUAAAGAUCUUUCGGUUUCACAAUACAUUGAACUAGUUCAUGGAGGAUAUGAUUGCAUGGUAUUAUCGAAUCAACAAACACUUUUUUCCCAAACAUUUCACCUGGCUUUAGGAGGAGUGUACAGUUUGGUUUUUAGAGAACGACAUGGGGUUAUUGAAUUUGGAAAAUUAUAUACGAUAUCGCCUCCAAAUAAUGUGAGCAUUAUGUGGCUAAUACCGCAAUACUUUUUAAUAUCAAUAGCAGAGAUUAUGUUUGGAAUAGCCGGUUUAGAGUUUUCUUUCACUCAGGCACCAAAAAGCAUGAAAACAGUUACAAUUGCAGCAUGGUACUUGUCUGUAGCAAUAGGUAAUUUAAUCGUUAUCGUGGUGACCCAAUUGGAUAUGUUUAAAAACCAAGCUUUCGAAUUUUUUUUCUUCGCCAUUCUAAUCGUGGCAGAUAUGAUGAUAUUUACCAUAAUGGCAUCUCAAUAUACUUUCGUCCAAUUAGAAGCAGAUAGCUCUGUAGCGCUUUUCGAUGAUAAUGCAUCAGAAAAAGAAGCUUUAACAUAA